AUGAGGCAAGCGUCGCAAUUAUUGAAGAAAUUAACCCGGAAACAAGCCGACCCGUGCCUGUACACCUAUCCCUUCUCAGUGCAGUCGCUGGUCGUCCACUUUGCGAUUGUCCUUGCGCUGCGGGCGAAGCACCGACCAAGCCGCGAGCUAACGCAGCUGGGCUAUCGUCUAGUGAACGUGGACAGGAACGAGAACCUGCGGGAGUGGUAUCUCAAAGUAAAUCCAUAUGGCCGAGUGCCCACUCUCACGUAUAGUGGGCUCCCGUCACCGCUGACGGACGCGCUGUCAAUCGUCUACUGGAUUUGCGAUCAAUGUCCAAGUCUACUUCCCAAGGCACAUCAGACGGAAAUUUGUCGACUACUCUCGCAAUUGCAUGAAGCCCUGGAUCGCUACGGCGCGGCCAACCCGACCGUGGAUGACCUUUUGACCAACCAUGACAUCACUCCCUCCCACCGCCAGGCCCUGGAGUACAAGCGCGACUGCCAGAGGAAACAGAGGGAGUUGGUAUCGAUGAAUUUAUCGGACGGCCAAAGUAUGACGGCACAGUCUAUCGCCUUCCUCAAUGAAAUCGUCGAGUUGCGGGAGAAGUACAGCAAAGGCGGAACCUGGAUCUUUGGGGAUAAAGUUGGCCCGACGGUGCUCGAUGCUCAUGUGGUUCCCUUCGUUACACGACUGGACGACAUCCAUCUGGAUGACCUAGUCCCUGACCAGCUGCGCAAGUACGCACAGAAAAUCAGAAGGCUGCCACUGGGGAAGGAGGCGAUGGGGCAGCGGCCAACGGUCUGGGACGCUUCACUGGGGCCGAUAGACGAGAUUCGACUAUGA